GUUUCCAUUACGAAUCCAACAAUGAGGCGGACAAGCGGGAGUUCGAAAAGGCCGUGGAGACCAUCGCAGUGUCCUUCAGCAGCACCGUGUCCGAGUUCCUCAUGGGGGAGGUGGACAGCAGCACCAUCCUCUCCAUCCCACCCAGCGACCAGAACCAGACUAUGGAGAGCCUUUACGGGGGGAUCCCUGGCCCUGGAGGAGACGGCAUGCCUUCGGGGGUGGAAAGCUAUGACACAGGCCGUCCUCCUGCCGAGGAAGUGGACGUGAUGCUGCAGCGCUGUGAGGGGGGGGUAGAUGCUGCCCUCCAGUACGCCAAAAACAUCUCCAAGUACAUGAAGGACCUCAUUGGGUACCUGGAGAAAAGGACCACGCUGGAGAUGGAGUUUGCCAAAGGGCUUCAGAAGAUGGCAAACAGCUGCAAGCAAACCAUCAGUCAGGAGACCAACAUGCCUUUCCUGUCCAUCUACCUGCUGGCCCUGGAGCAGGAUAUGGAGCACGGGACGUCAGUUCUGCAGUCUGCCAGCACCCUGCAGCACCAAACCUUCCUCCAGCCGCUAACAGUGAGACGCCUUGAACAUGAAAAACGGAGGAAGGAGAUCAAGGAGCAGUGGCACCGGGCUCAGAGGAAACUGCAAGAGGCAGAGGUCAACCUGCGCAAGGCCAAGCAGAUAUACAUGCAGCGCAGCGAGGAACACGACAAGGCCAAGUACAUGGCGGUGAAAGCAGAAGAAGAGCAGCAGAACACCACCAGCAGCAUCACCACCAAAACCCUGGACAAGAAGAGGCGGUUGGAAGAGGAAGCCAAGAACAAGGCAGAAGAGGCGAUGGCCACAUAUCGGACCUGUGUGGCGGAUGCAAAUACCCAGAAGCAGGAGUUGGAGGAUACCAAGGUGAAUUCCUUGCGGCAGAUCCACGAAGUGAUCAAACAGAGUGACCAGGUCAUCAAGACGGCCACAAUCUCCUUCUACCAGAUCAUGCACAUGCAGACGGCUCCACUGCCCGUCAACUUCCAGACACUGUGCGAGAGCAGCAAGCUCUACGACCCCGGGCAGCAAUACGCCUCUCACGUCAAGCAGCUGCAGCGAGGAGACGAACCUGACAUCCAAUACGACUUUGAGCCCUACGUGUCACACAACGCCUGGUCCCCCUUUACUCGCACACGGAAAGGCAGCUUCAACGCCAAUGACUUCUCAACGAAUGCUGGCUCUGACGGGGCCGGGCUGCCCAAGGACGGGACGGUGUCGGAAGGAGGAGCAGGAGCCAAGGAGCAGCAAAGCGGGGCUGUGGCGGGUGGGAGGGGACACCAACUCAACGAUCCCGGGCCAACGUCAAUCUCUGAAAGUGACGGCAGCCUGGAUUCCAACGCAG